GCCAUGUAUCGAUGAAUAAAAUGCAUAUUCAGAUUAUAGUGAGGUGAGGAGACCCUGUCGAAUAACAGAGGACACAGCUAACCAACUUUUGACACAGAUCCAUCGUUUUUUAUAUCUAUUUUAUUUUAUUUUUUAGACUUGCUGUAAAAAUAGUUGUGUAGCCUGUUUGUAGCUGUUCAUGACUGAAACGAUGGCGCUGAGUGGGAACUGUAGGACUAACCCCAAAGAACAAGCAUCAGUUCAGAACAGUUUCCCAGAUGUUGUUGAAUUAAACGUAGGGGGGCAGGUUUAUUACACGCGUCACUCAACUUUGGUGGGCACCCCGAAUUCACUACUCGGUAAGAUAUUCUCUUCCAAAAAAGACGCAUCUAAUGACUUGGCAAGAGACCCCAAGGGCCGUUAUUUCAUCGACAGAGACGGGUUUUUAUUCCGGUAUGUGUUGGACUACCUCCGAGACAAGCAAGUCGUCCUCCCGGACCACUUCCCGGAGAAAGGGAGGCUCAGGAAAGAGGCAGAAUACUUCCAGCUGCCUGAUUUAGUGAAGCUCCUGACCCCUGAGGACAUCAAGCACAGUCCGGACGACUACUUCCACAGCGACUACGAGGAUGGCUCCCAGGGCAGCGACCACCGGCAGUGCCCGCCGCCCUCUCUCGUCCCCGCGGACAGAAAAAGCGGCUUCAUCACGGUGGGGUACCGGGGAUCGUGCACCAUGGGCCGAGAGAGUCAGUCCGACGCCAAGUUCAGGAGGGUACCCCGGAUACUGAUAUGCGGGCGGGUGGCCCUCGCCAAAGAAGUUUUCGGGGAGACCCUGAACGAGAGCCGAGACCCAGACAGGACCCCGGAUCGGUACACCUCCCGGUUUUACCUCAAGUUCAAGCACCUGGAGAGGGCUUUUGACAUGCUGUCGGAGUGUGGUUUCCAAAUGGUGGCCUGCAACUCGUCAGUCACCGCCUCGUUUGUCAACCAGCACACAGAGGACAAGAUCUGGUCCAGCUACACAGAAUAUGUCUUCUACCGUGGUCCAUCACGUUGGUCCUCCCCUCCUUGUGACUGCUGCUGCAAGAACCACAAGGGCGACGGUGAGGGCGAGAGUGGCACCUCCUUCAACGAGCUCUCCACCUCCAGCUCUGAGAGUCAGUCAGAAGCAAGCUCUCCCCAGGGAACGGUCAUCUGUGGCCCCGUCAGCCGCCAGUCACACCCCCACCCCAAUGUCCAAACCUUGGACAGGCCGCCGAAAAAGGGCCCCAUCGCCAUGCUCCAGCAGUCCGAACAGCGGCGGAAGAGUGACUUGCUGCGCACGCUUACCGCGAGCUCCCGCGACACCAGCACCUGCAAGAAAAGGCAGGCUAAAGAGAAGCCGACGGUUGAGGAGGAGCUGGAAAAGUGCAUUCAAGACUUCCGGAAGAUCAAAAUCCCAGAGAGGUUCCCCGAGAGGAAGUACAUGUGGCAGGCUGACCUGCUGAGAAAGUACCGCCUCUGAGCCAGGAAACAGGACACACAUGAGGCCAAGGAUCAGUUUACAUGUUUUUUGAUCUUGACUUUUGCAACAAAGAGGAUAACACUAAAUUCAUAUGAAUCCAAAUUCUGGGGGAAACUUCACCUUUAUGCCAGUAGGGUGGAAGUCUACACAGAAGCUAGUACGAAGCAUUUAAACCAGACUGUUCCCUUAUUGACAUAUGUAGUACGUAUGUGUGUAUGUAGUUUAGGCCUACUGUAUGUACUGUAAGUAUGUAAUGUAACUUGCUGAAUGCUUCAGAGCUUUGAAUAAUUUAUCCCCCAAGGACCAAUCCAAGUGGGCAAAAGAUAUCCUCAAUGAAACCAUCAGCAAACCUUCGGUUUGUUGGCUACACUGGGGGUUAUCGAGGGUUACUGGACUGCACACACUGUCAUCAUUUCACUGAAAAACCAUAAAGACAAACAUUGAUUUACUAUGUGAAUGUGUGUGUGUGUGUGUGUGUGUGUGUGUGUGUGUCCACACCCAGGUGGCCUAGAGGUCAUAGAUAAAUCUGCAUCAAGACCCAUUAAUAAUUCAUGCUGUCCCGACAGUGUUCUCACUAUAAAUACACUCAGAGCUCUGUGCUGCCAGAGUAAAAAGUUGAUUAUUUUACUUUUAGGUAACAUUUGGGGAAUUCUGAGGUAGGAGGAGGUAAAAUUUCAUCAGCAGCCCCAGUCAUUUUCUUGUAUUAUCAGUUAUAUUGCAAACAUGCCCCAAGUGAAUCAAACUGCCCUGCAUUGCAUUGAUUUUUGCCGUGUUGGCUGGAUGUGGUGCAGCACCCUGGUUACUGUGUGAAGGAUAAAUGAAAGAGCAAAGGAUUUGAUUUGAUGGUCAAACCAUGUGAAAAUGAAUAGGUUCAAUAAGGAAAAGUCCUAAUUUAACACAACUACUGUAUACACACACAUUUUCCAUGUACUGUUCAUAAUAGGCAUUUUGGCCAGUUACUUUACCAAAAUGAAAAGAACACUCCAAAACAUUUAUUCUCACAUACAUAUACGCAGAGAUAUCAAUCAUGAGAUCAUUUAAACCAAGCUGACACCUACAGUACAAAGAGAAAUGGGACAGAAUUGCUGGCUAACUCAUCAACACAGAUGGAUGCUUUCAACCCUGACUGUUGACACAGCGAUCAAUAGUUAUUGAUGAUUGGGUCUGGUGAGAGAGCUGGUAGAUUUUGUUCUUGUUUACAGUUAUUAAGCCCCUGGUUUACUGAAAAAGACAAGCUGUUCAUGUAUUUAGUGAAAAUUUGCCACUAUCUCUGUAUUUAUUUAUGUACUCCUGGCUCUGUCUAAGGGAUAUGUUGUGAUUGUAGUUACAGAAACCAAGAUGGCAGACAGCCAUUUUGAAAGAGAGCAAUUCAAGUACAUAAUUUUCCCGGUAGGCUGAUUGUUUAUUUAAAUCUCUUGCUGGAUGACAAAAAGAUUUAGAAAUUAUUUCAGGGUGCAAAUUAAAUUAUUGACCACCGUUAAAAAACACACACAAACAUUCAGUGGUGGUAUGUUAUGUCUUAGUGCUACACUUACAAAUGCCAUCCAACACAAUCAUUGUCAGAUUAGUUAACUGUUUAUUUGAACAGGUGUUAUUGACAUCACAAUCUCUGUUUUAGGAGAGACAUACUGUAGUAAAAUGGAGAACAUAUAUAUAUAUAAAAAAGAUUGAACAUAUGUUAAAUAUUAAAUAUUCUAACUUUAUUUUGUAAGUUGUAAGAACAUCUGCGAGGGUCAAAUAAAAAGCAUGCAGUCCAAAGUACUGUAGAAGGGAUUUUCCAAACUCAUGUCCAAUGUAUGAGACAAAUUUGAUUAGAUGUAGUCUAGGUUUCCAUAAGAGGAAGUAGCUGAUAUGAUUGGUAAACAAUCACAGCUUCAGGUAAAAACCAAGGUAUUUAUGAAUAGUGGAAUAGACAGAUGUGAUGAAAAAUGUAGUUUCGGUUAGGAGGGUAUCCAUACUGAUGAACUGUCUUGUAUAGAUGAAAGUUUAGAAGGACCUUCUUGGUAACACUAAGUAAAUUAAUGAAAAACAUAUGAGACAGCGGAAAGCAUUUUCACAGAGGAACUUGAUUAAAACUUCUUAUUAUUUAUUUUGCUCCUUAUGAAAGUGCAGAGGAGUGGGCUCUAUAAACAAUCAUAGCUUUUACAAAGCACAAAGUAUAAAAGGUAAAUUAAAAGCACAUAAAUGAGAAUAUUCAUAUUCAAACAUCCGUUUAUUUAAAAAUAUCCCUAUGUUAAUAGAUAUGGACAAUUUAAAAAUAUGUUCUAUUAUACUUAUUUUUCUAUUUAAAGGCCUUUAAAUUAAUAGAUUAUCAAAUGCCCUUAUGAGGCCCGUAAAAUUGCCAAGUUUAUGGGUAGUAAUGAAUUCCUAGUUAUAUUCAGUGAUGCCCAAUAUGUCUGUUUUGGGUUUGUUAUAGUAUAAAGUAACAUGGUUGCAAUAGGUGCUAGAUACAAAACCAUUUUCCUCAUGUCAAUACAAUGAAUAUGACUUAUUUUUCUACAUUGCUGGACUAUUACAUUUUCAUUUUAAAGUUAUUUAUCUUAUCAGUUGAAGUUGAAAUAUGUUAACCUAGACUACAUAUCACAUGUAAAUAAAUACCAUAAAUCAUACCUAACCAGAAUAAUGUAUUAUACUCUCUGUAUAUAACAUCCAAAUCCAUGAGGUGUGGCUGCUACACUGUUCUUAGUGAUGCAGUAGACUGACACUAAUGUACUACAGCCAUUCUUGUUUUGUCAUUUAGAGUGUUGGGUUGAGGGAAAAUAUAAAAAAUACCUAUUACAUAUAUAUUUACCGCUAUAACAAGUGAUAAGCUGCUUACUUUUCAAGACAACAGUGUCACAAGCAGAAUGUCUGCACAUUUGCCUGACAGUGCAGAGGCAGUCACUGGUGACUAGAACAUCUCAGCAAUGUUGAAUUGCAAUCAAUAGAUUUGAAAAUAUAUGUUCAGGCCUUUAAAAACAAAAAGAAAAAGUUUGUUCAAAACUGUUUUCAAUGGUAACCCUGAAGCUUUUGUUACUGUUCAGUGCAGUCAGAAAUUGUUGAUCUGUUUUUGGUUAUUUUGGGUCUGUCCUCCAGAACAUUAGAUUUGAAAUUAAACAAUUACUAUGUGUUGAAAGUGCUGACUUUCAGUUUCUAACAGUCUUUCAGGGUACUUACAUGCAUGUUAGGUGGAUAGUGUAGGAUUUGUAGCCAAUUUCUCCACAAUUAUAAGACAGUGCAGUAGGAUAAUGAUUAUAAACAUACAGGCAAGGCAACUAAAGAGUUCUAUGGUUCUAUGUGUUUAAUGUUGAAUACCCAACUAAAUGCAAAAAGCACCUAAUAACAGCAAGAAGUGACGGCUGCAGUACAGGGCUGGCAGAGGGGGUGGUAUUCACUACAAAGCAUUUUCAACCAUAUACUGAAUAAGACAGCUUCAUUUGGGGGACACAUUUCAAUAUUUCCCAACCAGCCUAUUGUGGAUGUAAACACUCAAGUUAAAGCUGACAAUCAGAACAAUCACAGUCUGUUUCAUUUCAAAAUCGCAUGUGCUGGAGUAAAGAGCCACACAACAAAGACUGACUGCACUAUAUAUAAAUAAUUAUAAAAGUAAUAAAAUAAUAAAAAGUACAAGUAUUGUAUUCCCCGUUCCCAGGAAGAAAUUUCAUCUUUUCACACAUUUUUGUUGUUAGAUAACAUACAGCACAGUAGGUUCACUUUGACCAGUUACAAACAACAAAGGCUUAUGAUUAAAAGUCACCAAUACGCAGGUUAUACAGCUUAUAAAUACAGGAGGGAUUAUCUAAAUUUCCGCAUUAGGCCAGACGAAAGUUUGCCACAUGUUGAUUUUUACUUUGUUAAGCUUACUAAUAAUAGCAUGCUGACUUGAACACUGCAAGAUUGUUCUCCUUUUACCCAUAAAACAUGUGUUUCCAGUUGCUGGUACAAUCAUUAUCUGGCCAAGUGAUCCAACACAGUAAACAGUUUGAAUAAACUGGUGAAACCAUGAUUCAUAUGAAAGGUGAAAGUCUGAUUGUCAAGAGAGAACCGUUGCAUAGUUUUCUGCAUAGUUAUUUUUGGCAUCUGCAGUAGUUGUGCUAAGCGAGAAAGCAAGCUGAUAUAAGGGAUCGUGGUUGCUUGACUUUUCCUGCCAUUUUAAAAAUGUGUUGGGUUUGUUUACUUUGAAAUGAUUCAACAAGAAGGUUGAUCAGUCAGGAAAAUCACAGAUUUGUCCUAAGAGUUGAUUAAAAAUGCCAUUAAACAGAGUGAAAAUGAAUCCCAAGACACCCGGUGGCCUUCUAGAGUAGACUACAGCUGUUUUUUGCACAAUGUAUAAAGUUAAUAAAGAAACACAAACAAGAAAGUAUUUAAAACAGACAUAAAUAUGUUAAUAAUCACCUUACAUGCACGACUAAGCCUCAAAUAAGGCAUCGGUCUUGAGAAAGAGAGAGAGACUGUAGAUCAAGCUAACCACUUUUCACCUUUGGAGCACAUGAGAUGAUAUUAAUUUAUUUGGGCCUGAAAAGAUGAAAGAACAGAAAGAACAGAUGAUGUAAAUCUUGAUAAAUGACUGCAUUUUUGUCAGAUGUGAUGUAUGGAAAGAAAGGAAGAGAGACUGUGAACUGAUGUUAAGUUUGUCAAUUUAUGUCAUUUUGGAGUGCCCUACUUGAGUCUGUAAUUUUCUCUCCUGAAGUUAUAGUCAUGUCCUGCAAGUGAAACCUGUGUAUGACUGCAGGCCCUGUUUUUUUCCUCCUGCCUUUGGUGAGCCUGAGAACCACAAAGAAAAUCACAUUAUUCUGAUACCACCAAGGUAGACCUGGCACAUACUGUUCAAAACAAAACGACAUCUGUUUUGAUUAUUGUUGUUCUCACACUAAAAAGAAAAAGAAAAAAUGGUUCAGAAACAUUGUGAGCAUGUUGGUAUACAAAACUUAUAACAGAUUUAACUUAGUCUGUUGUUGUGAAAAAGAUUGUCAAAAACAGAUAUUUAACAGAAAAAAAGAAAACUUGCAAAAAAAAAGAAAAAAGAUAAGCACAAAUGUGUUGAUAGUGUCUGCUGUUCCUCCACAGGUGUAUAACAUAAAUUGAAUAAAAAGUCAACUCUGACGUGUGAACAAGCUCCUGCAAAACAGAGUAAUUCUCACCAGGUGCAUACGGAGUUCACAGACAUACUUAUUUCACCACAAAUCAUUCAGAAAAUAUAAGUUAAAAUACAAUUUUGGUAUUUGUGGAAAAAUUAAAACAUGAAGUUUUUAAAAACAAAAUUUAAUUAUAUUAAUUACAUUAUACAUACAUUUACUUCCAGAAAUUAAACUGAAUGUUAUUUGUAUAUAGCCAAACAUCCGUGGUGAGAGUUGCCCUGUUUUCCAGCUGUUACUAUUUCUGCCUUUAGAGACAGUACAAUUCAUCUGAGAAUCUUUAGAUACAAAGCAUAUCGUAAUUUUGAAAGUGUAUGACAAAAACCAAUAAACAAGACAUUCUGUA